GGGGGGGGGGGAAGAAGGGGUUAAAGAAAUGAGAUCGAAAAUUCAGAAAGUGCAGUGUUGCAACACGUAGUCAAUUGAGGAAUAGAUAAAGAGAAAAGGUAAACAAUGCAUGUGCUUUGCGUGGAAAAUAAGUGGAAAGACACUAAAUAAAAAAAGAGACAAGCACUUGCAGUAAUAACAAUGCAGGUAAGUAGUAGACUGGAGUGGAGACGACGGAAAAACAGGUAAUAAAAGAGAUACUACACUGGAACAAAGACGAGACAAUACAGGGAAGACAAGAAGCAUCGGCCGGCAUGGCAAAACACAAUGCUUGUAAAGACAUUGCGUUGCAUACCGGCCGACCCCGUCGUCCCCCCUGGUCGUCGAAAUUGGCGUCAUCCAGAGUCGUCAGAGGGUAGCUGCAAUUAGCACCUCGUCGUCGUUGUGGCUGUGGCUGCCCUCUUGGAGAACCAGUGGCACUGGUCCGGCCACCAGCUGGGAGCCAGGAGUAGACGGCACACAUAGUACUGUGGCGACACGGGUCCGGCCGCCAUAGUGAAAUGGAUGUGAAUGCGUCGGCAAUUGUGGCCCUGAUGUAGAGCGAGUGGCACUGGUCCGGCCACCAGCUGUGGGCAAUGGCGGUCGGUGGCACACAUAACUCGAGCGGCACAGGUCCGGCCGCCCAAGUGUAGUGGAUGUGUGUGUGUGUGUGUGUAUCUGAAUGGCUGGCGUGGCAGAGAUGUGUCCAAUCAGUACACAGCGUUCCAGGAUAUCUGGUUGUCAAGAUGGAUCCGUCUCUGGAGUGGCGGCUGGCGUUGGCCCUAACGUUUCUUGUGGUGGCUGUGGAGCUGGGGCAACUGUUGCUGCUGCCAUUGUUGGUGGAUUUUCGGAUGUUACUGGAACUGCUGGAGUUGCCGUCACUGCCUGGGAUUGGAUGAGCGAGUGCCUGGCUGCAGGAUCCCUCGCAGGAUUGGCGUUUCGGCUUCAUUUUCUGCCGGGAGCGGUUGUUGGCAAGCUGCUGCUGCUGCUGCUGUCGCUGUUGUUGUUCGCGCUGCGGCUGCUGUAGCUGCUGCUGCUGUUGU